UUCAGAGUUGAAGUCACAUGUUUGGUAAUCAGCGUAACGCGUUCGCUAGCAGCAGCGGCGGCAGUGGUGGCGCCGUUCCCGCCAGCAGCAUAGGUGGUGCCGUUCCCGCCAGCAGCGUUCUCGCUAUCAGCAGCGGUGCCGUUCCCGCUAUCAAUGGCGGCGGUGCCGUUCCCGCUGUCAGCAUAGGUGGUGCCGUUCUCGCCAGCAGCAUAGGUGGUGCCGUUCCCGCCAUCACCGGCGGUGGUUGUGCCGUUCCCGCUAUCAGCAUAGGUGGUGCCGUUCUCGCCAGCAGCAUAGGUCGUGCCGUUCUCGCCAGCAGCAUAGGUGGUGCCGUUCCCGCUAUCACCGGCGGUGGUUGUGCCGUUCCCGCUAUCAGCAUAGGUGGUGCCGUUCUCGCCAGCAGCAUAGGUGGUGCCGUUCCCGCCAUCACCGGCGGUGGUUGUGCCGUUCCCGCUAUCAGCAUAGGUGGUGCCGUUCUCGCCAGCAGCAUAGGUCGUGCCGUUCUCGCCAGCAGCAUAGGUCGUGCCGUUCCCGCUAUCACCGGCGGUGGUUGUGCCGUUCCCGCUAUCAGCAUAGGUGGUGCCGUUCUCGCCAGCAGCAGCGCCGCCUGUCUUGCACGUUGUACGUCCCAUAAAUAGGCUAUUUGACGGCUU